UUAUUCACACUGUAAACGACACAGAUUAACUGUCUUGGGUUAGUUAUAUAUUAUCUUUGAUGUAGUUUGCCGUAAUGGCUGCUUCAUUGGUUAGGUGGUUGAGGGAAUUGUACGUUUUCUUUUUGACAUAUCUGCUAUCCGUCUCGGCUUUCUUGAAUCUGGAGGAAUUAAACGAGAUGAAAUAUGGGAUCCAGAUUCUUCCCGAUCCUGUCAUUAUGGGGCAGGCUAAGACAGAAGAAAUCAUGCUUGUGUCCAGCAAAUACAAGCAGAUGUAUGAAUGCCGCCUUCCAGCCCAGGCAGUGAGGUUUCACCAGGACCCAGCCUCUGAGCCUGACUCCCAAGGCUACACCGGACCAAGCAUCCCAGACCUGCUCAAGCCCAUGCACACUGCCCCUUGCCUAGUGAAGACGAAAGACUGGUGGACAUACGAGUUCUGCUAUGGACAACACAUUAGACAGUACCACCUUGAGGACACAGACAUCAAAGGGGAUGUUCUCUUCCUGGGUUACUAUGAUUCAGAGUUUGACUGGAACAAUGAAACAGCCAAGGCCUCCAAGCAGCACAGGUUGAAGCGCUACCACAGUCAGAGCUACGUCAACGGCUCCAAGUGUGACCUGAACGGGAGCCCCAGGGAGACUGAAGUCAGGUUUGUGUGUGAGGAGGGGUCGGGUGACUACGUGGCCCGUGUGGACGAGCCCCAGUCCUGUCGCUACGUGCUGACGGUCCACACUACCAGCACCUGCCAGCACCCCUUCCUGCGUCCGCCCUCCACCGCCAAGCCCCAGAGCAUUGUGUGCCAGCCGGCCCUCAGCACCCAGCAAUACAUGGACUAUGUCAAGGCCCAAGUCUCGGACACGAAACGUAAAGUGGAGCAGAUCUCAGAGGAGCUGAAGACUCUUGAUGAAAUUUUGGCCGGUGACGAGGGGACAGAUGGCACAGUGGAUGAGGGGACAGACGAGGAGUCAGCGAUGUCAAAAGAUGACCCAGAUGUCCUGGGGUCAGACACAGAAGAUGAAGGUGUUACCUCUGAACAGCCAGAGGAUUCUGAUUUCUGGGAGGGAGUGACAAAUCCAGGGGGUACCACAGCAUCUGACACCACUUCAGAGCAUCAGGCUGGAGAGGAUGCCUUUGAUAAUCAGCUCACAGACAAUGAGGUCACAGAGGAUGCUUUUGGAGAUGAAAAAUUCAACUUCAAGAUCAUCACAGACCCUGCAGACCUGAUGAAAUUUGUGCAGCAUCUAAAAGAGAGCAACAGAAAGAAAGAACAAAAUGAAGCCGAAAGAGAGGCACUGAGAAAGAAGGAGAAAGAGAGAGGUGGCGGCGAGGAUGAGGAAGGGGAUGAAGAAGAGCGUUUCCUGCUGCAGGAGUUUGAAGAGGAGAUAGCUGGCCUCUCGGUGCCCUCUGUCAACAUCGAGGAGAUGAAAGAGGAAAUGCAAAAGGAGUUUGAUAACAUCAUAGACGAGGCUCAGCAGGAGCUGGACACAGAGGGUCUGAAGGGGGAGUUUGACCGCACUCAGGCCACCCAGACCCUGGAGACUACUCUGGACAAGCUGCUGGACCGCCUAGAGGACAAAGAGGCCGGGGACACCGAGGCAGAGCACCAGACAGAGGGAGGCCAGAGGGCCAACGACCCAGCCAGGGGCAGCCCCAGCCUGGCCCCGCGACAGCCAGACCAAGAGGCUGACGACCAUGUUAAAAUCAGAGUUACUAAGUAUAAGACGAGCGGCAGCCCCGAUGGGGAGGUCAAAGUUCAGGAGAUGGGAGAAGGCGACCUCCAGUGGCAGCAUAUUAAGGACAUGGUUAAAGAACAGCUAGAGAAGGCAGGACUGAAGGCCGAAGGUAAAAUUGAGGUGAAGAUUUUAACACGAAGGACAGCUGGGGAGGCUGGGGACCAGUGGCUGACUGAAGAAGAUACUAAGUCAUUCAGAGAGCUGCUCAUCAACCUAUUGACAGGGGGAACAGAGGAGGUUUACAAGGAGCAAAAAAGACAUCAGGAGUUGGAAAACAACUACAGAUUUGUAUGGGGAGAUAGACAGCAAGAGGCCCAGUCCACCAGUACUGCACCGGACUCAGACGAUGUGGAGUUAUGAGCUCUGGGGAGACGUUUCCUCACAUCGUGGGAACCAAGCACCUGUGGAGGCUAGGAGCGGGGAGUGUCCCUCUCCCCUGUCAGACCUCUGAACUCACUGCUAAGUCUCAGCCGCCCCUUGGGCCCCACUGGUAACACCAGUGUCCAUAAAUGCACCUGUUCCCACACUUAGAAAUGUGUUAUGUCCCUAUCCGGCACCCUUAUGUACCUUGCACAAACCAAUCCAAAUGUCUCAGCUGUGGUAGUGUAAUGGUGUCAGGUUUUGUUUUCUCUCUUUAGUGGGAGGCCAAUGUGAUGGCUGAAAAGGGGUGUAAUUUCAAUGUCUGUAACUAUGUUGGGUUGAGAGGAGGGUGGAAAAACACCAUGGACUGGACAAUUUGCACCUGUGAAAAUGUAUCUAAGGCUUGGACUGAAUGAGGUUUAACUUUACAUUUCUACAGAGCUAUGAUGCCCUCUCCUUGUGUAUCCACACAGCAGUGCUUAUAACUACACCUCUGUGUUUGUCUGCUGCUCUACAGUGUGAGGAAAUCACCUCCAUGAGUGAUGCAAUGUAGGAAUUGACCUCGUAUUUACACUUGGCUUCACAAAAUAAUAUAGUAUGUUUGCAAAAGGAGGGUUCGGUUCACUAGUUAUCUUGUUUAGAAAUUCUACAUUGUUUAAAAAGAAUGCAGGUUCGGAAACCUGAAAAAGAGUGAGCACCCCCAUGCUAUUGUGGUUUGGAGGUUGAACCACAGUUUGAAUAUUUAAAUCAGAACCCGUGUAAUUUAGUGAAGCUUUUACAACUCUUUAAUUUAAUUGUUCAUUGUGGAAUUGACAUGCUUGAUGAAACAUUCAUCGUACUCCAUAUGCAUUUUGUAGCACUUUAAAAGUUGAGAAAUGGUUCUGGAAAGUUGGACAUUUUGAUAACUGUCACGAAUGUUCAAAACCGUUAUUUGAAGUUUCAGAUUUUUUUGGUUUGAUGCUAUGUACAGCAAACCAAAAAAUACUAAACCUAUUUUCAUUUGAGAAGUUAUUUCUCAGAAAUAGUGAUUGGAGCGCAGCUGUUCUUGUCAAAAAAAAUGGCGAGCAUACAUUUUACGUAUAGGUUGUCCUGGGGAUCAAACCCACAACCCCGGCGUUACAAGCGCCAUGCUCAACCAACUGAGCUAGAAAAGGCUUAAUGUGUAUAUAUUGUGAAUAAUUGUAGCACCUUCAAAUCUGUAAAUAAUUUAGCUUGAACGUGAGGGGAUAAUUUUGAUAUUGAGUUAAUACCAUUAUAAGCACACUUCCUUGUUGAGGGGUGUUAUUGAGUGAAGAUGUCAAACAGAUCCAAUGUUACAUUUUUAAUUCACCAGAUGAACACCCUCCCUAAAAGUCAAUGAGCUGCCUUGUAAAAUCUUUGUAUACUCAUACCUUGCAAAUUUAAAAUAAAGACCAUUAGAAAAUA